CGCGGCCCGGUUCCGUCACUGAUGUAUGGCGGUCAAUUUCAACCCAUAUCAUCUGAAGACUUCUGGGAUUAUAUUUAUGCCCGGAUGCCUUUUCUUCCAUAAGUGGGCUCCAAUUGUUUUCAUUUUAACACUGCAACGUUCGUACACAUACCUUAUCAAGCCAAGAUGGCACACAGACCCCCCUCCAAGUCUGACCCUAUCCUCAUCAUAGGCGCAGGCGUCUUUGGCCUAUCAACCGCACUCGAACUAAGCUCUCGUGGCUACAAGAACAUUACGGUUCUCGAUCGUUAUCCGCCUCCAGUCCCCGAUAGUAGUAGCGUUGAUAUUUCUCGAAUCAUCCGAACCGAAUAUGCCGACCCGGUGUAUUCCCAGAUGGCCCAAGAAGCUCUCAAGGGAUGGAAAUCUGAGUACAAAGAUAACUACUACCACACAGGGUUUGUGAUGCUCUCUGAGACAGCGUCAAAUCCAUACGUUGAAAAGACACUGGAAAUCAUUCAUGCCCAAGGCCGAGCAUUGGAUGAGUUCGAGGAUGGAAAUAUCUUGAAGGGUAUGUAUCCGGAUCUCGGAGCGGACCUCAGCAGUCUUCGGGCAUAUCAUAAUCCUGAAGGGGGCUGGGCAGAUGCCGAGGGUAGUAUUCGCCAUCUAAGUCAUAAAUGUAGCCAUGCGGGCGUAUCCUUCGUGACGGGUCCACAGGGAACAGUUCUCUCACUACGGAAACAGGGAUCUCGUGUUGUUGGCGUGGAGGUGGCAAGUGGGGACUUUCUCCCUGCAAACCAAGUCAUCCUUAGUACCGGUGCAUGGUCGAAUUUGCUUCUGGAUGUAUCCCAUACGGCAUCCGCAUCCGGCCAACCUGUAGGCUUUAUCCAACUUAGCCCAGAGGAGGCCCACAGCAUCGCUAGAACGCCCGUGAUGAUCAACCUAACAAAUGGUAUAUUUUGCUUCCCCCCAACACCAGGAACAAACAUCCUCAAAGUUGCCCGGCACAGCUAUGGAUUUGCAACGUCCAUACUAUCCGGUGCAACAAAUCGAACCGUGUCCUCGCCUAAGCUAGAUUCUAACAACGCCGACAAAUCGUUCCUUCCUCAGGAGGCGGAUAAAGCUUUGCGAGAUGGUCUCCGGCAACUCAUGCCGCAAUUCGCCGAUCGUCCCUGGUCGAACCGUCGUUUGUGUUGGUAUACAGACACCCCGGAGGGAGAUUUUGUGGUCGAUCAUCAUCCUAAUAUGGAUGGGCUUUUUGUUGCUAUCGGGGGAGCUGGACAGUAAGUAUAAUUGCAUACAUGGUUUCCUAUGCCAUGUUGCUAACUUGAACAUCACAGUGGAUUUAAGUUUCUACCCGUUCUUGGCCGGUAUAUAGCCGACCGCUAUGAAAAUUGCGCUCCAGAGAUUCU